AUGACUAUUAACGAAGAAAUGGAAAAGGUUCAAACAGUUCAAACCAUUAACGAAGAAAUGGAAAGCCGGAAGACAAGGUGGGAGGACCGGCCGGAUGACCAGGGGGACGACCGGUCGGGUGUCCCAGGCACUGCCGUUUCAGGUUCAAAGAUCAAGGUGAAAACAAGGGCAAAAGAUAAGGAGGAUUCAACCUCUGCACGACUUGAUAGAAUGGAAGCAAUGAUCAUGGACAUGGCAGAGGCUUUUAGACAACAACAGCAACAACAACCACCAGCGCCACCAAUGCCUGUGCCACCACCUGUAGUGCAAGACCGCCAAGCUAACGACCGAACUAUUGCAUUCACAAAGGAAUUUAAGAAGAUGAAACCGCCAUUGUUCAAAGGAGGGAUCGACCCAUUGAAGGCAGAGGCAUGGGUGCUUAGCAUAGAGAAACAGUUUAAAGUCUAUCCAUGUAUAGAGGUACAUAAAGUUUUGUUUGCUACUUUUACACUAGAAGAUGAGGCACGCCGUUGGUGGAUGUUUAUCCGAAAGGAAUAUCAAGGAAUAAGUUGGGCACAAUUUUUAGAGAUCUUCUAUGAGAAGUACUUUCCGCUGAGUAUCCGAGACAUGAAGGUGUCGGCCAUCAUAGCAGAAAGUAACCAGGCCAACCGCAACCGAAGCUCGGAUUGGAAGGGAAAAAGGCAGGGUUUUGAUAUGCACAAAGGGUUGGCGUCCUCACAAAACAAGAACCAAAAUUUGUGGACUUCCUGUGCUUCCGAUUCUACCCGUGAUUUAGCACCAACUUGCCCAGAAUAUGGAAAGAAGUAUCAUGGAGUUUGCUACCUAGCAAUCGGGGCUUGCUGUAAGUGUGGGAAAAUGGGACAUAUGAUAAGAGAUUGUCCUAUAUUUGGGCAACAAAAAAGGAAUAUGCCAAAUUUUAGUUCAGCUAGUUCCACUCCUACAAUAAAGACCCCUGUAAAGCUUACUACUUCUAAAGGCAAUGUUAGGCAAGGAAGAGUCUUUGCUCUUGUUCUGGAUGAUGUCCAGAAUUCAGAUGCUGUGGUUUCAAGUACACUAUCUAUCAAUGGUCAACUUGCUCAUGUGUUACCUGAUUCGGGUUCCAUCCAUUCCUCUGUUUCAAAAACAUUUGCUCCUCAUUUGAAUAGAACUAUGGAACCGUUGAAUUAUGUGUUGUGUGUGUCCUUGUCAUCUGGGGACUAUAUGUUAUGUGCUUCUAUGUAUCCUGCAUGUCAGCUUUUUCUUAGGGACAUCCCAUUAUGUGCUAAUUUGAUGCCUUUUGAUAUGGUGCACUUUGAUAUAAUUUUGGGGAUGGAUUAG